AUGUCAGAGUCCGAAAAUACCGAUAAUAUUGACCAAGAAGACCAAAACAAACAGGAUCAGAAUCCUAGGAAGAGGGUUCGCCAUCGUAAGAAGAAACUAUACGAAAACAUAAUGAAACAAAUGGAGUUUUAUUUCAGCGACGCGAAUUUGAGUAAAGACCGCUAUCUUGGGGACCUAGUUACAUCAGAUCCCUAUGUACCCAUAGAAGUGUUUUUGAAGUUUAAUAAAAUUCGCUCAAUGACGCAGCACGUCACUGAUAUUGUAAAAGCAAUGAAGAAUUCCACUGUUCUGGAGUUAUCUGAGGAUAAAUUAAAGAUAAAAAGGAAAGCUCCUAUGGUACCCUACGAUGCAGAUUUAAGAACAGUAUAUGUAGAGUCAAUUCCAGUUACUGCUAGUCGAGAGUGGUUGGAGAGAGUGUUUUCAGACUAUGGACAGGUUGCAUACAUAUCAUUGCCUAAGUUUAGGAAUUCACAAAAAGUAAAGGGGUUUGGUUUUAUAGAAUUUGCUCGGCCACAAGAUGCUCAGAAGUGUUUGAAUGCUUUUACUAAAAUGGGGUGUAAAUUACCGAUGUGUAUGCCACCAGAUGAGUUGUCCUCUAUUAAAAUGUUCUCAGCAGAGGAUAACAUUGUAGAAGAAAUAGAUGAAAAAGAAGAAGAGCCUCCAAAGAAAAAAGCAAGAAAACAUAAAGACAAGAAGCAGAAAAAUUUAGAUCUAAAAUUAGCUUCUGAAUCAGAUUGUGAAAAAAGACUGGACACACCCACAGAAGAAAAAAGGAUGUCUUUGCCGAUCACCCCAGAUGUUUUAACAUCAGACCUUGAUACACCUACUGAGGAAAAUAAGAACAUAGAUAAGGAAUCUAAAGAUAACCUAACUAGUCAAGAUGAAAGUAAAACUGAAGAUGGAACACCGAGAAAGAAGAAAACUAAAAAGAAAUCUUCAAAAGAGAAAGGCAAGAAACAUUUGGACAAAGGGGAGGCGCCUAAGGGUGCACUAUGGGGCUUACAAGUCUUAUCAAAAACGGAGUGGAAAGUUCUUAGAAAUAAAUACUUGAACCUUCAAAGAAAACAUAUGAAAGAACUUAAACAAAGUUUGCAGGAGAAAAGAUGGUAUUCAGGUAUUCCGGCCCCAGCAGCGUCUUCUGUCGAAAUUGAAAAUGUAAAUGCUGCUCGAGACCUGGAUCGCCCGAAACAACCGCUGGAGAGAACAUCUGGUGUCUUUGUUAAAGAAGCAUUGUUAGAACCGUGCCUUGAUGUCAAACUUACCAAAAGAACUAUAAAAAGCAACAUCCACGCACUGCAUGUAGACGUUAAGGAAGGUCAAACAGAAACUGUUAUAAGGUUUGACUCGGCUUCAGCUGCAAAUGAGUACUGCGCAAACUCGAACAGUCGCGCUCGCGUCCUAUGCGGUGCUGAGGAAGACGAGCAAUGGGCGCGGGCAGAAAGUGCGCGUUCGGGCAAAAGAACGCGAGGCCGCGCAAAACUACUUGCCCGCACGCACGCUCUAUCCACGGCACCAGCUUUAGCGCCCGCGUCACCGCAACCCACUCAUACGCAUAUAAGAUUUGAUGAAUAA